AUGGCCGAAGAGGCAAGCAGGGAGCCCUCCCUAAAAGGGAAGGGCAAGGGGCCAGAGGCCACUCACCUAGGAGCCGGAAAGGGAGCCAGCCCUCCCAAAGGCCACCACAAGGGCAAGAGUAAGGCCAAAGGUGGCAAGGGCAAAGGCGGCUACAAAGGUGAAGGCAGCGGUAAGGGCACUCCUUCCGCGCCCUCAGCGGUGCAGCUCGACCCCCUCCUGGAGGGCGUACCAGCUGUACUUGCAGGGCCGCGGGCCGGGGCAAAACCGCGUCAGGAAGUGAAGGCCCUGCCACCCCUGCAGCCAGUCCUGCUGGAAGCGGGGCGCAGAGUAGCGGCUGUGCCGGCGGCCGACACUGCCACUGAGGGCCCUGCGGAAGGCGAGGCCACACCUUGGGCUCGCAGAACUGCCAGGAAGAAGGCAGAGGCCGCCCCAACUGGAGCCCCUGCGGCUGGCCCGCCAGAAGAGGGCAUGGAAGUGGACACUUCCGUGUCCGAGCUGCCAACAGCCACCCAGGCUGCACAAGCCUCUUCGAGCAGUUCUUCCAGCUCGGAAGAGCAGCAGGCGGCCAAGAAGGAGACUUCUAGCUCCAGCACCUCGUCCGAAACCGAGGCUGCGCUCUCCACCACUGGGGCGCAGGCCAGUAGUGGGCAAGGUGUUCCAGAGGUAGUGGCCACCACACCUCGUGAAAGCCCUGAGCCAGCAACACAAGCGACGCCUGCUGUGGCUCUUGCUGGCGUCUCAGGCCCGGAAGGGAACGCAGCAGGCGGGGCCAUGAGCCCCACUAGCCCUGCGGGCAACCAGGGCGUUGAGGAGGCCGAGCCCGAGCCUGCAGGCUGUGCUGAGGCACCCACUCCGGUGCCGGUCUUUGAGCAGGUAGGGGCCAGCACGCCCUGCGAGGCGCCACCCGAACCUGAGGGAGAGCGGCAGGGGGAGCCGCGCCUGUGCAGGCUGGACGUCUCCUGCCAGGUCGGCUCGCACCUUGUGGUCCUUCGCAUGGCAACGAAUGCCACCCAGACCGUUGGUGCCGUGGUCUCUAGGGCGCGUGAGAGGGCCGAUGCGCCAAGGCUGGAGCACGCCUCGCUCCACGCUGCUCCAGGUGUAGCGUUGGCGCACGCAGCCACCUUGGGCUCAGUGCUGCCAGCUGGUGUGCAAACUCUCCUGCUGCGUGAGGGCACCGGCGGGGCCACUGUUUCUGGCGGUGGCAGUGAGAGGCGGGCGCUGCCCAGUCUUUUCUCGCCAGACCAGCUCUGGUGCUACUGCUGUGGCAUCGGUGUCGCAGAGCCGCUUCUCAUGCAGGCCCAUGCCAUGACUGAUCGGCACGUCUGGAACGCCAGAGUUUACGUCAGAAGGCACAGGGAGGGCCACCCUGCCCCCUGA